CUAACUGCGGGACGGCAAGAAUUGAGUAACUGCGCAUCGCUAGUGUGUCACUUCUAAACAGUUCAAAACGACUAGCAAUAUGAAUGUAUUUAAAAAGCGGAAAGGUAACACAAAUUGCUGUGUGGUUGGGUGUAGUAAUGCGUACAGAAACACAUCACCUGAUAUAGUGUUUUAUUCAUUUCCAAAGCGGAAAACUGAAGAACAACGACGAAAGUUGUGGGUUCAAGCGGUACGCAGACAAAAUGUUGAUAAUUCACCUUGGGAACCAACAACCACCUCAAGAAUAUGCAGUGUUCACUUUAUUGGAAACAAAAGGUCAGGACACCCUAAAAAUCCUGCAUUCGUCCCCAGUUUAUUUCCAAAAAACUAUAAAAAGACAGCUGCCUCAUCACAAGCUUCCGAGAGGUAUGAAAGAUCCGCGAAAAGGUUAAAAAAAAGUAGCUAUGUAGAUAUUAUAGAUUAUGAAUGUUCAACGAGUGCUGCUAUUAAGAAACAUGAAGUUGCAAUACAGACGGAUGUAAAUGAAACAAUUGUCUGCGAUUUUGUUUUUUCUUGUACAACUGAUGGGGAUGAAUUGUCGACUCAAGCUUCUAUUCCAUUGCAAGUCUGCCUUAAUUCGUAUAAGAAACGUUAUGACAAGAGCUCAGGAACAAGUGAUAUGUGUAAUGAAAUACAAGGUUUUCAAGGAUACCCCUCAAUAAGAGAUGAGACAGAACUGCGAGACUUAACGGGCGUGACAUUUGCUGUUUUUAAUCUAUUAUUAACAUUGUUACUUAAUCAAACACAAUCUUACAGCAAGAUUAGUAAAGAAAAUCGUUUGCUAAUAUUUUUAAUGAAGAUGAAAACUGGCUUGUCAUAUUCUGCUAUGAGGGUGAUGUUCGGAGUUCACCGUACAACUAUAUCACGUAUUUUCACCACUACUCUAAUGUUGCUAGCAUCUACAAUGGCUAAUUAUGUGUUUUGGCCUAGCAGGGAAAGUAUAAUGGAAACAAUGCCUGCAAUUUUCAAAAGAAAGUACCCUAAUUGCCGAGUAAUAAUUGAUUGUACGGAAAUUAAAGUAGAACAGCCACCUAUUGUUGAUCAAAGAAUUUUUCUUUAUUCUAAUUACAAGGGUACUUACACAAUAAAAUUCCUGGUAGGCAUUUCACCUAGUGGAAUGGUGACCUUCAAAUCAAAAUGCUAUGGUGGCAGAUCGAGUGACACAUUCAUUACAAAUGAUUGUGGAUUAUUGAUUCUAUUAGAAGUUGGCGAUGAGGUCAUGGCCGACAAAGGUUUUCCAGGAAUAAAAACAAGCCUCUCCGACAAAGGGGUCGUUGUUGUAACUCCGCCAUACCUUCAUGAUGGAAAAUUAACAGCUGAAGAAGUGGAAACUACUUACAGUAUUGCCAGUGUUAGAAUUCAUGUUGAGAGGUGCAUUCAACGAAUUAAAAUCUUUCACAUUUUAGACAAACUAUCAAUUGAACUGCUCCCCUUUAUUGACGAUAUUGUUCAUAUGUGUUGUGUUUUAGUCAAUUUGCAGUCUCCUAUCAUUAAAAAUAAUACAUAAAGACAGAUUUUUACUAUGUAAACAUACUGAAUGAGUACUUUAAUGUAUUAAAUAAGUAUGACUACAAAGUUAAUAAAUUUAAGUUAGUCAAGACAUGGAAAGUCUACACGAAAACAGAUAAACAGAUGAAAUGCAAUCUGCUAUGAAUAACAUUUGUUAUUAUAAUGUACAUUUGUUUGAUUACUAGAUAUUUACUGAAACAAGUUUAGGUAAAUAGUGAUUAAAAUAGAAUGUUUCUAUUUUAUCAAUGCAGUUCUCAAUGUACGUCAAGUUCUUUUCUAAUGUUAUGCAGAUCUGUUGUUUUCUACUGUAAACAUACAAGUCACAUGUAUCAACACCUGUUACAUACAUUAAUAUCUGACACUGAGUGUAAUAAAUAUUAUUUUUCUUUAAUGUAAUGUUUCCCCUUUCGUCUAGAAGUAAAUAUUUCAAAGAAACAUUUCCUGCCUCAUCAAUUAUGCACCUAUCUUUACAUGAAAUUGGACAUUUUACUUCUAAUACUUUUUUUGCCUUGCCUUUACUAACGACGAUGCCAUCUGGGCUUCCACAAAGCCAUGGUUUCAGUUUAUGAAUUAUCAGUCCACAACGUAACACUUUCGUAUCAUAUGUUCUUUGAUAAUGGCCUAUGGCUUCAGAUUCCAUGUCUUUUCCGUAUUUCACAUUUCUAGCAGCUACACCAACUAGAAUUUUGUUAGACUCUACCAAAAAAGUAUUUGCUAACGAGUCAAAACUUUCUCUUCUUACUUUUAUGCGAUGAGCCUUGUUGCUCGCCGAGAUGCGGAGUUUUCUUUCAGUGAACCAUUCUGAACAUUCUGCCUGCUUCCGUGUUGCUAUAGAAAUAUUGAGUGCCUUCUCACUACUAACACUCACAUAGUUUUCGUAGAAUGACUGUUCGCCCUCAUUCAAUGGUCUAAACGCUAAAUUUGUUGUCAAACUAUUACACUGAUUUUGUAGGAUUUCUUUAGUUAUAUUUUUACACUCAUCUAGCACUACUGAGCUUUCCACUGAUUCUAAUAAAUAAUUAAUUACACUUUUACAGUCACGUUCCUCUUCUGUUCUAUUUUCUGCUUGUAACAUUUGAUACAGAGGACAAGCGAUAUUAACAAGAGUAUCCACUUCUAAAGGAGAAGCGGCUACGGAAUAUUUUAGUUCUUUUUUAGGAAAUAUUUCACUUAUUCGCUUUCCCUUUGAAUACUUUUCUUUCGCAGCCCUAGUGGAACAUGGUUUUCCCCAUGUUUGUGGAAUGUCAGUCUUCGAAGUAAUUUGUUCAUUAUUAACAUAGUAAAUAACUGCAGCAAUGUGUUUACAGUCGCAUCCAAGUCCUGCCGGGCAUGGGCAGUUUCUGUUUAUAAUAUUUCUUCCGCCGUCAACCUACGAAAACAAAUGGACGGUUAAAUAAACAUUAACAUUUAAACAAUAAGCACUGAAGUAUAAACGUAAGGAAAUAAAAUACUUACUUCAAGAGUGACAAGGUACGGUGGAAGAUUAACAGACGUUUGCCGAAUCACUUCUGCUUUUAAUAGAGAAACGUCACCUCUCUUUAUUUCCUUUACAUUAUUCACAUGGCCACUGAUACAAAUAUUUUUCCCUUUCGAUAAUUUAUUCUCACCGAGGUUACUAUUUUUAAUCGGUAGGAAACCACAUGUAGUUUCUAUAUCACACAUGAUUACAAACUGAUUGUCAGCGCGCUGCGUGUC